CCAACAACAAGAAUGGUGUUGUCUUCCACCACCAGCAUCCUCUCUCUUCGCUCUUCAAUCCACAUCAACCCUAGUUUCUUUCCAAUCCACCAACGCCAUAAUCCCUCUCUCCGCCUCUAUCUUCCCCAUAAAUCCACCUCCAAUCUCUCCCACAAAAACCCUAAAACCAUGGUCUCCACCGUCACAUCCUCAUAUCCAACACUCUCCACUGCACCAUCUCCUCCGUUCCCCUUCUCUGACUCAACCAAAUCAAUCACAACCCUCGCGAUUCUAGCCGGAAUCGUAACCAAAUCCCUGAUUCACAAACUCUCCCCCGCGGUUGUAACCUUAUCCCCACAGUUCCAAGCAUCCCUCCGAAUCUCCGGUCCGUUGUUCUUCGGGUCGAUUCGCGACCGUCCCGCUCGUUAUCUCAACACGCCGUUGACAGUUGUUGCCGCGGGUUUAUCCAAGUGGCUUGAUAUUUACAGUGGUUUAUUGAUGGUCAGAGUUUUGCUCAGUUGGUUCCCCAACAUUCCUUGGGAUCGUCAGCCUCUUUCCGCCAUUAGAGAUCUUUGCGAUCCUUAUCUCAAUCUCUUCAGGAACAUAAUCCCUCCUGUGUUUGAUACGCUUGAUGUUAGCCCUUUGCUUGCUUUUGGUGUUUUGGGUACUUUGGGUUCCAUUCUCAACAAUAGCAGAUGAUACGAAUGUGUUUUGUUUUAUAUUCUAUAGCAAUUAGAGAUUGUUUUCAAUGCGAAAGCUUGGAGAUUGUUUUCAGUAUGUAAUGGCCGUUCUAUAUAUUGUUGUUGGAUUCAAUAAUAUAAUCGGAGAGUUUGUUU